AUGACAGAAGAAAAACUAAAUAUAAUUAAUUAUAAUUAUAGGCAGCCAUAUAAAGAAGGAAUAUAUUUAAUUAUUGGACUCAAAUCAGUUGAAAAUUCUUCUAAAGUUUCACAUUUUACAAAAGUGAAAUAUUAUGUAGAGUGCAAGAAUGGGGAUUUUAUAUAUAGAUAAGAUGGUGGAUUAUUAAGAAAGUAAAAAUUUGGUUAUUUCAGAGAGAAAAAUACUAAAAUUUCUGAUAUUAUUACUAUUUUCGAUUAAUUAUCAAGCUUAAAAUGGGGAAUUGAACAUUAGUAAUAGAAUAUAGCAAAAUGGUGUCCUAUUUGGGAGUAAAAAAAAUUAAAUGCUGGAGGAUAUAUAAGAUGAUGAGUUUAAAAUUGGAUUGUGGGUUGAUUUAUCUGAAAAUUUCAGCAAGUAAAUCUUAUUAGACUAUAGAAUUUUAGUAUAUCUAAAGUUACCUAUAAAGGUGUUUAUAAAGAUGGACUAAAAAUUGGAAGAUGGGUAACUAUAUAUUAAGAAAAAAUCAUGUAUAAAUAUAAUUUAAUGAAGUGGGGAAGGCAAUUAUAAUUCAAAAGGAAUGAAGAUAGGAAAAUGGGUUGAGAUUUAUUAAAGAUUUUCUCAGUAUUAAAUAUUUUGAUGAUUAGUUGUUGCCAAUUAACCUAUAAAGGAAAAUAUAGAGAAGGAAAAAAAUUUGGGCUGUGGGAAAUUUUGCAUACUACUCCUAAAAAGCAAUAGAUUAUGUAAAAUUUAUAUAUAUUAAAUUAUGAAGUGGUGGGGGCUUUUAUGGAUUAGAAGAAUAAAAAGUUGGAAGAUGGACAGAAUAACAUGAAAAUUUCACAAACUUCAUUAGUUCUAAUCAGUAUAAUUGUUAACUUCUUUAAUUUGGCAAUUAUUAAUAAGGAAAAAAAAUUGGAAGAUGGGAUAUUUUGAAUUCAAAAUAUCCUAUUUCUUUUAACAAAUUUGAAAUCAUGUAACCAAUUCAUAUGUAUAUUCUAGUGGAGGAGGUAUUUAUGACGAAAAUGCAUAAUAGCAGGGUAUAUGUUUUGAAUUAUCUGAAAAUUUUGGCAAGUAUAAGCUAUUUUACAAUCAAUAGUUAUUGUUAAAUAAGAUCUUAUGGUGAAUAUAGGAAUGGAAAAAAAUAUGGAAGGUGGAAUACUUAAUUUAGAGAUAAUCAAGCUAAUGAUUUUAUUAAAAUGUAAUUAUAUAUAAUUGAUUUUAGGUUUGAUGGAGAAUAUGAUAAUGAAGGAAAGAAGAAAGGAAAAUGGAUUGAAUCAUUUGAGAAUUACAGAAAGUAAUGAAUUAUCAAAAUAAUUAACCUAGUGAUAUCUAAAUUAUAUAUGCAGGGGAAUAUAAAAAUGGUAUUAAAUAUGGAUUAUGGGAUAUGAAAAAGAGAAAUUAUUUUAAUAAAUAGUUUAGAUAUUUUUAAUUUAUUAGUAUCUGAAUUUUAAAGUGCUGGAGGAAUUUAUAAUUAAGUUUAGAAAAACGGGAAGUGGGUUGAUCUAGAGUUGUAAGAAUCUUAUUAGAAAAUUUUUCUGUAUUUACAUUACUCUAAUUUAUUUAUAUUAGGAAUCAUACAGAUUGCUAAGUUGUUUAAUAUAAGGAUGGUACUUAGUUAAAGGAAAUCUCUUGUAUUAAGGUAAUUUGA